CGUUUUCCCCUUUGGCGCCAAAUUCCUCUUCCACUGUCAGUCUCCACUCUCUUUCACCAGUCAUCGGCGAGUUUCCUCCGGCGAAGAAAACCCUAACGAGCUCUCAAUCGCGGAAUUCUCGCCGACUAAUUUCUCCGAUUCCUCCUUCGUUCUCCACGUUUCACUUUAAUGUCGGAACGUCGCGCUAAACGCCCCAAAAUCACCAGGGGAGAAGAUGAUUAUAUGCCAGGAAACAUAACUGAGAUUGAGCUUCAUAACUUCAUGACGUUCAGCAAGUUGACAUGCAAACCUGGCUCCCGAUUAAAUCUUGUAAUUGGACCAAAUGGCUCUGGAAAGAGUUCUUUAGUCUGUGCGAUAGCACUUGGUCUUGGUGGUGAGCCUCAGCUUUUGGGGAGGGCUUCUAGUAUUGGAGCAUUUGUAAAACGCGGGGAGGAGUCGGGGUACAUCAAGAUUUCCUUGAGAGGGGAAACCAAGGAGGAACAUUUAACUAUCACGCGGAAAAUAGAUACACGGAACAAAUCUGAGUGGAUUUUUAAUGGAAAAGCUGUGCCAAAGAAGAACAUAACUGAUAUAACUCAAAGGUUCAAUAUCCAAGUUAACAAUUUGACUCAAUUUCUACCUCAAGACAGGGUUUGUGAAUUUGCAAAGUUAACUCCUGUUCAACUCCUUGAAGAGACUGAAAAAGCUGUGGGUGAUCCUCGGCUACCAGUCCAGCAUAGAGAUCUUAUUAGCAAGAGUGAGGAGCUGAAGAAGUCUGAACGAACUGUGAAGAGCGGGAGAGAGACACUGGAUCAGUUGAGGGAAGUCAAUUCUCAACUUGAAAGAGAUGUCGAGCGUCUCCGUCAAAGAGAGCACCUCCUAGCACAGGCUGAAACCAUGAAAAAGAAAUUGCCAUGGCUGAAGUACGAUGCUAAGAAGCCUGAGUUUCUGGAAGCCAAAAGGCAAGAACAAGAUGCCAAAAUGAAGCUGGAUGAAGCUGCUGAGAGUUUGAAUGAACUCAUGGAACCUAUAGAGGAAAAGAAGCAAGAGAAAGCAGAACGAGAUGCUAAAUGCAAAAAAAUGAAUGGCCUGUUGGGUGACAAUGCCAACAAGCGUAUGAAACUUCUGGAUCAGGACAAUCGUUUGGAUGUUCAAGUGCGUGGAAAGUAUAAUGAAAUGGAUGACUUCAAGAAGCAAGAGGAAUCUCGUCAACGUAGAAUUUCGAAAGCCCAAGAAGAUCUUAGAACUGCCGAAUUGGAGCUUGCAAAUCUUCCUCCUUAUGAACCUCCUAGAGAUAAAAUUGAUGGCUUGGGUUCUAAAAUUUUGGAGCUGCAAGAUGCUGCAAGAGAACUAAGGUCUCAGAAAUCAGAAAUGGAGAGAUCCCUUGAUCGGAAUAGGACAGCAUUCAGGCAGUGCUCUGAUAAAUUGAAGGAGAUGGAGAAUGCAAACAACAAAAGAUUACGUGCUUUACAGAGUAGUGGUGUUGAAAAGAUAUUUGAAGCUUACAAUUGGGUUCAGGAGCAUCAACAUCAAUUUAAUAAAUCUGUAUAUGGUCCAGUUCUUCUUGAGGUCAAUGUUUCCAAUCGGAUUCAUGCAGAUUACCUAGAGGAUCACGUACCAUUCUAUGCCUGGAAGGCCUUUAUAACACAAGAUGCAACUGACCGUGACUUCUUAGUUAGAAAUAUGCGAUCAUUUAAUCUUCCUGUUUUAAAUGUAGUGGAUGAACGCCAGAGCCGUGUUCCCUUUAAAAUUACUGAGGAGAUGCGUAUGCUAGGCAUCCAUUCAAGGCUUGACCAAGUCUUUGACGCUCCAGAUGCAGUCAAGGAAGUUCUAAUCGACCAAUUUGGGCUGGAUUCUUCUUACAUAGGCUCACGUGAAACUGAUAAGAGAGCUGAUGAGGCGUUGCAAUUGGGCAUCUUUGAUUUAUGGACCCCUGAAAAUCAUUACAGAUGGAAAAAAUCCAGAUAUGGUGGUCAUGUUUCUGGCACUGUUGAAUCAGUGGAACACUCUCGCCUUUUGCUAUGCAAUGUGGAUGCGGGGGAAGUUGAGAGGCUCAAGUCCCAGAAACUUGAGUUGGAAGAAGCCGUUUCUGCAUUUGAAGAUAAUCUCAGGGCAGUUAAGAGUGAAUUGAAAAACAUAGAGGAUCAAGGUGCCAAACUCGAAAAGCAACGGCACGGGAGAAAAUAUUAUUAA